AGCCAUAGAGCGCUGCACCGCGCGCAGCUGGUGUUGUCUGGAUAUGAAAUGUAACCAAUAAAAAAAGUAUCUCAUGCCAAGCGAUACUUGGUAACCAGUGUAGAAGACUGCACGCUUUUCACUCACAUAUUGCGCCUUCAAGAGGAAUACAACCUGAGCGUCGCGAGGAACUGCGUUACAACAAGGUUACUGAAGUGCAGUCAGAAAGAAAAACUGAGAAAUCUACAUGAUGGACUGCCGGACUGUGGCUAAUGAUACACAUUGCUCCAGUUUCGUGGUGGCAUCGAUGUCCGACGUCGUGGCAAGCUUUUUCAAGUGAAGGGACAGAGCGCAUAUAAUUUUAUUGACAGCGAAUGUCCACAGUAUUCAUAGCCAAUUCUUGCCCUUUGCAGUGCAAUUCCGGUGGUAUACGGAAGCAUCCCUAUACUGACACAAAUAAGAGGAAGGAUUACAGCUCCAGUGUUCAACAUAAAGGAUCCCACAUUGCAGCUCGACCAAUAGAUCUUAUUCAUCUUUUACAACGAAAUGGGAAAGGAUACCUCUGCUGCCUUAUAAGAUGUAUCCUCAACAUCGAGAAAGGGAGCAGCCAAUCUUCAGUGCCAGGGCCCAUGUGUUCCAGAUCGACCCAAACACCAAGAGGAACUGGAUCCCCGCCAGCAAGCAUGCCGUCACCGUCUCCUUCUUCUACGACGGCAACAGGAACGUGUACCGCAUCAUCAGCGUGGGUGGUACGAAGGCCAUCAUCAACUGCACCAUCACACCGAGCAUGACGUUCACCAGGACCUCGCAGAAGUUCGGCCAGUGGGCGGACAGCAGGGCCAACACGGUCUACGGCCUGGGCUUCGCUACAGAGCAGCAGCUGCACCAGUUUUCUGAGCGGUUUAAGGAGGUGAAAGAGGCUGCCCGUCUUGCACGUGAAAAGUCCCAGGAUAAGAUGGAGUUGGUCAACACUGCUCUCAGCAUCGCUGCCCCACAGUUCUCACAGGACCUCGGUGACGAGCUCCAGUCUCCGCCGGUGAUGUGUGUGAACGGUCCUGAGGACAAGAUGUUCCGCAGCCAAAGCGCAGACAUCACACUGUCUUCUGAGAAGGAGCGUAUUAAAAAGAUGCUUUCUGAAGGGUCUAUCUGCGAGAUGAACCUGGAGGCAGAGCUCUUCACCCUGCAGGACAGCAACUCCAAGCUGGUGUCAGCGUUACAUGAAGCUAAUAACAACGUGCAGCAGUGGAAGAAGCAGCUAGCUGCCUACCAGGAGGAGACGGAGAGGCUACGAGACCAGGUGGCUGAUCUGGAAGCACAUGGCGGCCACGGUCCUAGUGACAUGCUAAAGGACGAGCUGACUCGGUCUCUGGAGGAACUGGAGGCCCUGCUCAAGGCUAAAGACGAGGAAAUCCACAUUCUGCAGAACAAGAAAUCAGAAUACCAUGAGAUGGAGCAGGAGAGAGAAGAAGCCAUACAUAGAUUACAGGAGAUGGAGAUGCGUAACCUGGAGCUGGAGCGGCGGGUGCAGAAUGCCGAGCAGAACCUGGCCGCCUCCCUAGAGGAGCGGGACCGCACAGAGAGUGAGGUGCAGAGGGCCAUCGAGAUCCUGGACAUCAAGCUCUUUGACCUGAACGACCUCCGGCAGAGCCUUGUCAAGCUGAUUGACAAAUGAUGCCAAAGAGGAAGAGUCUGUUGGGGAUGGCCAAUGCAAAGAGUGGAAAAAGAGAUGGAGCUGGUCCUCUCCUGCUAUAAAGCACAACACCGCUUCUGCUGUGGGAAGAUUGCUGCGUCGCUGUACUGUACUUUCCAGCUUGUUAAGCAAUAUGUUGUGGUGUUACCUAGGCAGUGUUUCCCAACCCAGGUCCUCCAUUGUACAUUUUUAUUGUAACCUGGACAAGCACACCUAAUUCAACUUGUCAACUAAUCAUCAAGCCCUCACUGAGUUGAAUUAGGUGUGUUUGUCAAGGGCUACAACAAAACUGUGUACUGUUGGGGAUACUGGAGAACCAGGGUUGGGAAACACUGACCAAGGCAGUGUAUCUGCUGUGUCCGGUGUUGUGCUGCGUUUCAUGUUGCUUUCUUAAGCAACAUUCAAGGCAAUAGCCUUAAGUGCUAGGCUGUUUAUUUGCGAUUAGGAAUAUUGUCAAGAAUGAGAACAAUGACAUCAUUAGGUGCUUGUAGAUUUUGAAUUCAACUGAUUUUAUACAAAUUUGGUAAU